AUGUGUGGCGGAGGCAUGGGACCGCUUCCCUUGUGGCUGGCGAUUCCCCUCAUCGGGGGUGCCAUCGUGGUGAACGCGGCCGAGAAGACUGUGAGCGGUGUCGCCGCCGCCUCGGGCGCAGCCUACACCGCGGGCAGGCUGGCCUCCAACGAGGCGGGCAAACAGCUCGACCACUUCCUCCACCCCGACGUGCUCGCCAACGCCAUCGCGGCCGACCCCGCCAACCCGCGCCUCUACCUCCAGCGCGCCCAGACCACCUUUGCCGCCCUGUCCGUACCCAGCUACCGCUCGCGGCCCACCGUUGGAAUGCGUGGAAUGCGUGGGGCGCUACGUGGCCAGAUCAGGAGGGGGGCGGCUUCUCGCUACUUGGGGGGCGGGGGUGGUCAACUAGUUGAAGAGGAUGCACUUCUUGAAGAAGAGGAGAACAAGGCCAGGAAGGUGGUGGAGCAGGCGGAGAUGGAGGAGGUGGUGCGCGAUGCCCAGCAGUCGGUGGGGCUGAGUGGCGGGCGCGGGAGUGUGGCCAGCGUGGAGGCCCUCUACGUGCUGGGUCUGGCGCUCGACCGCCUGGGCCGCUGGGCCGAGGCGGCCGAGGCCUUCGCCCACGCUAUCGACGCCCUCCUGGCCUCGAAGACUGACAACGAAGUAGAAGGCAACAGCAAGGAUGAUGAAGCCGAAGAGGAAGAAGAGCCGAGCGAGGAGGAACCCUUGCAGCGCGCUCACGGAGGCAAUCAUUCGCCGGCGGCGACGGUUGGGCAUAAGUACGGCGUGCAGACCUUUAGGAAGCCCACGUUCUGCGACCACUGCAGCAAGUUACUGGUCGGCUUCCGCAAUCAAGAGGCGCACUGUUUGCGCUUGAUCGACUUUCACGUGCCCACGCUGUGCUCACAGUGCCGACUGCCUCUUCUCGGACUCACCAAGCAGGGCCUCCACUGCUCCCGCUGCAAGUCUGUGGUGCUCUCAACUAACGUAUCUGGCUUCACGAAGGCGAGCGUGCAUCAGAAAUGUACCGCAGCGUUCAACGAGUCGCAUCUCAAGUGCCAAUCGAGAGGUAAGAAGAAGGUGCUGCCGGCGGCUGCGACCACCGUGCCCACCCUGGCGGAACUGUACAACUGCAAGGGACUCGCGUUGUACCAUGACUCGCAGUACGAGCAGGCCAUCGUGCUCUUCACCACCGCCGCCGGCCUGGCCCAAUCUGUGGUGCCCCAGUACACGGCGAUCGCCAAUCGCGGCCUGUGCCACUUUUACCUGGAUAACCUGGACCGGGCCAUCGACGAUCUGAGCCAGGCAAUCGACCACGGGGUUGCCAAUGAGCAGGCUUUCUCCACGCGCGCCACGGCCUUCCAGCUGACGGACAAAGACGACAUGGCCCAGGCCGACAGAAGACAGGCGCUGUUGUACAACCCGCGAGCCAUCGUCAAGGUGUUCCCCUACCCGAUGCCCGUGGAGUUGGUGUCGCACGUGUUCUCCUUCCUCUCGCUUCAGGAGAAGGCCAAGUGCGCCCUGACCUGCCACCUGUGGCACGACCUCGCGCAGAAAGACCUCGUCCGGCCCCACGCCGAAAUGGAGUAUCCCUUCUACGACCCGGACUACUACUAA